AUUAUUUCAGGUCUGGAGAGAAAAUCACUGUCACACCCUCGUCUAAAGAGCUGCUCUUUUAUCCCCCUUCCAUGGAAGCCACCGUCAGUGGAGAAAGCUGCCCAGGGAAGCUGAUCGAGAUCCAUGGGAAAGCAGGCUUAUUCCUGGAAGGCCAGAUCCACCCAGAGUUGGAAGGAGUCGAGAUUGUCAUCAGUGAAAAGGGGGCAAGUUCACCCCUCAUCACAGUCUUUACUGAUGACAAAGGUGCCUACAGUGUCGGGCCCCUGCACAGUGACCUGGAGUACACCGUGUCCUCACAGAAGGAGGGCUACGUCUUGACUGCGGUGGAAGGAACCAUAGGAGAUUUUAAAGCGUAUGCCUUGGCAGGCGUAAGCUUUGAGAUAAAAGCUGAAGAUGACCAGCCCCUCCCUGGGGUCCUCCUGUCCCUCAGUGGAGGAGUGUUUCGUUCCAACCUCUUGACUCAGGACAAUGGCAUCCUGACUUUCUCAAACCUGAGCCCUGGCCAGUAUUACUUCAAGCCCAUGAUGAAAGAAUUCCGGUUUGAGCCAUCCUCCCAAAUGAUUGAGGUGCAGGAAGGGCAGAACUUAAAGAUCACCAUCACCGGGUACCGCACGGCCUACAGUUGCUAUGGCACAGUUUCUUCUUUAAACGGAGAGCCGGAGCAGGGGGUUGCCGUGGAGGCGGUGGGACAGAGCGACUGUAGUAUUUAUGGGGAGGACACCGUGACGGAUGAAGAGGGGAAGUUCAGAUUACGUGGAUUGCUGGUGAGACUUUGAGCAUGCUUUAUUAGG